AUCACGCAUGCGCACUGACUCCUGACCCUCCGCCGCCGCAGAUCGUGCGGACACUUCUGGAUGUGUUUGUCUCCCCCGCGUCUCCGCUGUGACCCGCACACACACACCAGGAGCCCCGGAGAACAUGCCUCUGCCCGUCCAGGUGUUUAACUUUCAGGGAGCUGUGGAGCCCAUGCAGAUAGACGCAGACCCCCAAGACGACCAACAGAAUGCUCCAGACACAAACUACAUUGUGGAGAACCCAACACUGGACUUGGAGCAGUAUGCCACUAGCUACAGUGGGCUGAUGCGCAUUGAGAGGCUGCAGUUCAUUGCAGAGCACUGUCCUCAGCUGCGGGUGGAGGCCCUGAAGAUGGCCCUAACCUUUGUGCAGAGAACUUUCAACGUGGACACCUAUGAGGAGAUCCACCGCAAGCUCACAGAGGCAACACGCUUAGAAAGAGAGGCACAGGCAGUACCUGACACAGUACCAGACGGGGGCGCUGUUCCCCCUCCUUUGGACUCAGCGUGGGCUGAAUCGACCAGGAAAAAGGCUUUACUCAAACUGGAAAAACUGGACACGGAUCUGAAGAACUACAAAGGCAACUCCAUCAAAGAGAGCAUCAGGAGAGGACACGAUGACCUGGGUGACCACUAUCUGGACUGUGGUGACCUCAGCAAUGCCCUCAAGUGUUACUCCAGAGCCAGAGACUACUGCACCAGCGCCAAGCACGUCAUCAACAUGUGCCUCAAUGUCAUCAAGGUCAGCGUUUACCUGCAGAAUUGGUCCCAUGUUCUAAGCUACGUCAACAAGGCAGAAUCCACCCCAGAGAUCGCAGAGCAAAGAGGCGAGAGAGAUAGCCAAAACCAAGCAGUUCUCACCAAACUGAAAUGUGCUGCUGGUUUGGCAGAGCUGGCAUCUCGGAAAUACAAACCUGCUGCCAAGUGCUUCCUGCAGGCCUCCUUCGACCACUGUGACUGUCCAGAGCUGCUGUCCCCCAGUAAUGUGGCGGUGUACGGAGGCUUGUGUGCUCUGGCCACUUUUGACAGACAGGAGCUCCAGCGUAAUGUGAUCUCUAGUAGUUCCUUUAAGUUAUUUUUAGAACUGGAACCUCAGAUCCGUGACAUAAUCUUUAAGUUCUACGAAUCUAAAUAUGCAUCCUGUCUCAAACUGCUGGAUGAGAUGAAGGAUAACCUCCUCUUGGACAUGUACCUGGCUCCUCACAUAAAGACCCUGUAUAGUCAGAUCCGGAACAGGGCUCUGAUCCAGUAUUUCAGCCCGUACGUGUCAGCGGACAUGACAAAGAUGGCGCUGGCCUUCAACACCACAGUAGCAGCUCUGGAGGACGAGCUCACCCAACUUAUCCUAGAGGGACUCAUCAAUGCUCGGAUUGACUCUCACAGCAAGAUCCUAUAUGCCAGGGAUGUGGACCAGAGGAGCACCACGUUUGAGAAGUCUCUGCACAUGGGCAAGGAGUUCCAGCGGCGAGCCAAAGCCAUGAUCCUCAGAGCGGCUGUCCUCCGCAACCAGAUCCAUGUCAAGUCCCCGCCCAGAGAAGGCAGCCAGGGCGAGCUGACUGCCGCCAACAGCCAAACCCGAAUGAGCACCAACAUGUGAGACCUCCGCUGGACCUCUCACUUGGCCAUUUAUCACAUGUACCACAUAUUGUAUGCUUGUCUCCACAUGGACAUAUUUCUGUUUGACUCUUUUAAAUAAAUAACAAAAUCAUGUCAAGUGUA